AUGGCACCCUUCUCAACAUGGCUUGGGGUGCUUGGCGGCUCCCUUGCUGCCAUACAUGGGGUGCUAGCAUUUCAGUAUCCCGAUUGCAUCAACGGACCACUGGCAAACAACACGGUAUGUAACGUUGAGGCUUCGCCAUCAGACCGGGCGGCAGCGCUGGUGGAAGUCAUGAACAUCACGGAAAAGUUGUCGAACCUGGUCGACAUGAGUCUUGGUGCUGAGCGGCUUGGCCUUCCGCGUUAUGCGUGGUGGAGCGAAGCUCUGCACGGCGUUGCAGGGUCUCCGGGGGUGACCUUCAAUCGGACUGGAGGCCCCUUCUCUUUUGCGACAUCCUUUGCCAAUACAAUCACUCUGGCUGCUGCCUUCGAUGACGAUCUGGUGUACAAAGUUGCGAGCGUGAUCAGCACCGAGGCUCGUGCCUUUAUCAACGCCGGAUUUGCCGGCCUGGACUUCUGGACGCCAAACAUCAACCCUUUCAAGGACCCGAGGUGGGGAAGGGGGCAUGAGACCCCAGGCGAAGACCCGUUGCGCAUCAAGGGCUAUGUUAAGGCACUGCUCAGCGGUCUUGAGGGAAAGGACGCCAUCAGAAAGGUGAUUGCUACCUGCAAGCACUAUGCCGCUUAUGACUUGGAGAGGUGGAUGGGUACUACCAGACACCGAUUCAACGCCGUCGUCUCCCUACAAGAUCUGUCCGAAUACUACCUCCCGCCCUUCCAACAGUGCGCCCGGGACUCCAAGGUGGGCUCAUUCAUGUGCUCUUACAACGCGCUCAAUGGCACCCCGGCCUGUGCUAGCACAUAUCUGAUGGACGACAUCCUCCGUAAACACUGGAACUGGACCGAGCACAACAAUUACAUAACCAGCGACUGCAACGCCGUCCAGGACUUUUUACCCGGAUAUCAUAAUUUCAGUGCAACGCCAGCUCACGCGGCAGCAGAUGCCUACAAUGCUGGAACCGAUACGGUCUGUGAAGUGCCGGGUUGGCCUCCAUACACAGACGUCACGGGUGCCUACAAUCAAUCGUUACUAUCGGAGGCCGUCGUCGACCGCGCACUGCGGAGACUAUACGAAGGGCUCAUCCGAGCCGGAUACUUUGACCUAGCCAGCGCAAGCCCCUAUCGCUCUAUCGGGUGGUCAUCCGUGAACACCCCUGAAACACAAGCCUUAGCACUUCAGUCUGGGGCAGACGGUCUGGUGCUUUUGAAAAACGACGGGACACUGCCAUUAGACCUUCAAAACAAAACCAUAGGACUUAUCGGUCACUGGGCUCAGUGGACUGCUGGGACGCCCAGGCAAAUGCUCGGUGGAUACAGCGGCAUUCCACCCUACCUGCACACCCCUGUAUACGCGGCUGGCCAGCUCAACCUCUCGUACCAGUACGCUCCAGGACCGGUAGCUCCGCCCAUCACAGCCCAAGACACCUGGACGGCUGGUGCCCUCUCAGCGGCCUCCAAGUCGGACAUCAUCCUCUACUUUGGCGGUACCGACCUUAGCAUAGCCGCUGAAGACAAGGAUCGAGACUCAAUUGCCUGGCCCGAAGCACAAUUGGCUUUGAUUCAGUCCCUCGCUGGCCUUGGCAAACCGCUUGUCAUCGUGCAGCUAGGGGAUCAGGUUGACGAUACUCCGCUUCUCUCUAACCCUAACAUCUCAGCCAUUCUCUGGGCAGGAUACCCAGGUCAGUCAGGAGGCACUGCCGUGCUAAACGCCAUUUCCGGCCGAGCCGCUCCCGCCGGCCGUCUGCCCGUCACCCAAUACCCCGCCGGCUACACCUUCCAGAUCCCUCUCACCGAGAUGUCUCUCCGCCCCCGCCCGGGUAACAGCGCCAUGUCCAGCUCGCCAGGGAGAACCUACCGUUGGUACACUAGCCCGGUGCUCCCCUUUGGUUAUGGACUGCACUACACCACAUUCAAUGCCAGCUUCGGGGUAUUCCCGAGGUUCAACUUUACCACGGGCUCUCUGCUUAGCUCUUGUGAUGGCACUGAUGUCGCGUAUAAAGAUUUGUGCCCUUUCCCAGAGCAGGUUUCGGUUUGGGUGAGUAACACGGGCAACGUCACGUCGGACUACGUGGCACUCGUCUUCGCAGCGGGCGAGUUUGGGCCGCAGCCGUACCCGAUCAAGACACUGGUGGGCUACAAACGGCUAAGAGGGAUCAAGCCUGGCGAGACCGCUGCGGCUCGGAUCGAAAUUACGCUUGGCGAUUUGGCCCGCGUGAAUGAGCGCGGGGACAGGGUCCUGUAUCCGGGCUCGUACAGGCUGCAGUUGGAUGUGCCUGAGGCGCGAGUGGUGAGUGAGGUUGGAUUUGAGGUAGGAGGGGAGGAAGUGAUGUUGGAUAGGUUUCCUCAGCCGACGGCUGAGGCCUGA